AUGAUACCGUGGAGUAUAUUCUUGCUUCAUUCACUGCUGUCCUCUUUGCAAGGAUCUUAUUGCAAGCUUUCUCUUUUGAGAAGAACUUCAAGAAAUGAGUUUAAUGCAACUCGGCAGAAAAGAGAUCUCGUAACAGCCGAGAUUCAAGCUGCCUCUCCUUGGUCGCACCUUCAUGGGCCCUUGACGCGGAGUCUGCCAGGAGGUUCAUGUCCUCAGGAGUGCCUUAAUGGAGCAGCCUGCACAGAGUCAGGUGACUGUGACUGUCAGUUACUUCAGGCUCAAGGAAGCAGGUGCCAAAUUGUACCUAACACUGGUAAGGACCGAGAUGGGAUUUGCAAAUCAUGGGGACAGUAUCAUUUUGAAACAUUUGAUGGCAUCUACUACUACUUCCCAGGAAAUUGCUCCUAUAUUUUUGCAAAAGACUGCAGUACUCCAGCACCCCAGUACACUGUUUGGGUUCAUAACAGUCCUCACUGUUAUGGUUCGGUAUAUACUUGUCAGAGGUCCAUCAGCUUAUUUUUUUCAAACCUAGAAGAAAUAACUAUUUCAGGACAUGAAGUAAGAAAAGAAGGAAUCAAAUUAAUGUUGCCUCAGACAGUUGGAAAUGCUUUCCUUGAGAGACUGGCUGACUAUAUUCUGGUGAAGACUACCUUUGGCUUUUCUCUUGCUUGGGAUGGAAACUCUGGUAUUUAUAUUAAGCUGACAGAAGAUCAUAAGGGAAAACCUUGUGGCCUCUGUGGGAAUUUUAAUGGCAAUAAAUAUGAUGACUUGAUACUGCAAAAUAUCGGUGAAUAUACGGAAGACAUUGCUGAAUUUGCAAAUAGCUGGGCUGUGCAAACCUCAGAUGAUGUAGCUUGUGUACCUGCUGCCUCAGAUUUUUCCAGUCCUUGCUCAGCUGAUGCAGAAUCCACUGAGGACAUACUCUUCAAGUGCCAAAUAUUCCUACAGUUUCCUUUUCUCAGCUGUCAUGAAAGCAUAGAUCCGUAUUCUUAUAUUUCUAGCUGUAUGAAUGAUCUUUGCAGAGUGGAUGAUGAUGAAACAUACUGCAGGGCGGUGACAGAGUACGCUAGAGCAUGCUCUCAUGCUGGGUCACCGGUGCGGGACUGGAGGGAUGACUUUCCUGCCUGUACUGAGAAGUGUGAAGACAGCUUUGUACACCGUGACUGUAUCAGCUGUUGUCCACCAACCUGCACAUUUGAAAAAGAUUGUCUUGGCAGCAACCUACACUGCUUAGAUGGCUGUUACUGUCCAGAUGGUCUCAUUAUGGAAAAUGGAACUUGUAUCUCUGUGUCGAAUUGCCCUUGUAUUUAUCAUGGAACUGCCUUCCCUGUAGGCUCAAAAAUUGAACAAGAAUGUAGCAACUGUAUUUGUAUUGGUGGCGUUUGGAACUGCACUGAUCAUGAUUGCCCAGCUGAGUGCUCCGUCACAGGUAGCUCUCAUUUCACAACAUUUGAUGGACGUCAUUUUACCUUUCUUGGGAUCUGCCAGUACAUUUUGGUAAAAGGCACUGGGAAAAACAAAUUCACAAUCACUCUACAGAAAGCACCUUGUGGACAGAACUUUGACCAUGCCUGCAUUGAGUCUAUAACACUAGUUCUUGAAGAUGAUGUGAGCAAACAAGUAACACUCACGAGAUAUGGUCAAGUCCAAACUGGCCCUAACCAAGUUUUAUACCUUAAUGGGGCUAUUGAAAUUCAGAAUAUAUCUUCUUUCUUUGUUCAACUGAAAACUAGUUUUGGUUUGAAGAUACUGUUUGCUAAAGAUGGAGAGAGGAUCUAUGUUCAAGUUGAUGUCGGCUGGAAGAGAAGAACAUUAGGACUAUGUGGAACCUACAAUGGGAAUUUAAGAGAUGAUUUUCUUUCUCCAGCAGGGAUGAUAGAAGGGACCCCACAACUUCAUGCCAAUGCGUGGAAGGUUUCCUCAGCUUGUUCGGUGCCUGUCAAUAUUCCUAUGGUUGAUCCCUGCAACGUUAAUCAGCAAAAUGCUGGGUAUGCAUCUCACUGUGAUAUCAUCAAUCAAGAAGUUUUUGCUCCCUGCCAUGCCUACAUCAGUCCAGGAUUAUACUACCAGCUAUGCCGCUUCGACGCAUGCAAAUGCGGAAGCAGCUGUUUGUGUAAUGCUUUGGCACACUAUGCUUACGUCUGUGGCAAGCACGGGAUCAUUGUUGACUUCAGAUCUCAUAUUUCUUACUGUGCUGUGAUGUGUCACAGUGGUAUGCUUUAUCAUCAGUGCUCUUCUUUUUGUAAACACUCCUGUGCUUCACUUUCUAUGGCAAAUAUCUGUGGUGAUGACUGUGCAGAAGGAUGUAAUUGUCCUGAUGGGAAAUAUUUUGAAGAGUCGGUCAACUUUUGUGUAUCAAUAUCUGCCUGUCAUUGUCAUUACAAGGGCAAAGCCCUCCAGCCUGGAGAAAUCCUCCCUACGCCAACAGGCUCCUGUCAGUGUUUGAAUGGAACAGUGAAAUGUAUUGAAGCAACUACAGAAAAUACAGUUCACGUAUGCCCUGAAGGAAAAAUCUACUAUGACUGCAAAUCUCCUGUCCCUGGAUUACCAGCAGCGGGUGUGAACUGCGGGAUCUCUUGUGCAAACCUUGCCAUGAACUUCUCCUGUGUCCCCUCACCACCCUGUGCAAGUGGCUGCAUUUGCCCCCCUGGGAUGGCUGAGCAUAGAGGGAAAUGUUAUAUUCCUGACAGUUGUCCAUGCACCUGGAAAGACAGGGAAUUCCUGUCAGGAGAAGUGAUAGCUACACCAUGUUACACCUGUGUUUGUCGGAGAGGGAUAUUCAAUUGCACUAGUUACCCCUGUCCUGCUGUAUGCACUAUUUAUGGAGAUCGACAUUAUUAUACCUUUGAUGGAUUGGAGUAUGAUUAUGUCAGUGACUGCCAAGCUUACCUGCUAAAGAGCACAGAUAACUCAAAUAUAUCUAUAAUUGCUCAGAACAAAAAGUGCUUUGACAAUGAUAUUGUUUGCUCGAAGAAUGUUUUCAUCACUGUUGGAGACACUGAGAUUUAUUUUAGUGAACCUUCUGAGAAGCAGAUCUUAAGGGGACAGGAAAACAAAUCUAACUAUCAGCUUUGGAAGGCUGGAUAUUAUACCGUCAUACACUUUCCAGAACAGGACAUUACAAUUCUGUGGGAUAAGAAGACAAUGAUGCAUGUUAAAGUUGGACCUCGAUGGAAGGGUAAACUGGCAGGUUUGUGUGGAAAUUUUGACAAAUAUACUUCAAAUGAUCUGACUACAUCCAACAACAUGGAGGUGAGAAAUGCACAGGUGUUUGGAGACAGCUGGGUAUUAGGACAGUGCAAGAGCCCAAAUGAAACAUUAAGACCAUGUGAGGUACAUCAGAGCAAGUUCCCUUACGCCAAAAAGGAAUGCUCAAUUUUAUACAGUGAUGUUUUUGCACCUUGUCGCAAUGUGAUUGAUGUGACUUCUUUUGUCAAAAAUUGUCACACAGAUACGUGCAACUGCAAUCUUGGUGGGGACUGCGAGUGCUUGUGUACCAGUAUUGCAGCUUAUGCCCACAAGUGCUGCCAACAAGGAGCAGCAAUUCACUGGCGAUCUCCUUCGCUCUGUGCUUAUGACUGUGAAUAUUACAAUCAAGGUCUUGGUGAAGGACCCUAUAUUUUGGCAAGUUAUGGAGAGAAUGACACAAUUAUAGGAGCUAACAUAUCCAGUAGAAGGAUAUUUCCCCUGCCUAGAACCGGAGCAUAUGGAAAUGUAUUUUUCAGUUUCAUGAUAACUCCAGGUCUUUUCAAAGAUAAAGAUUUAUCGCUCUCUCUUGUUUCCCUUGAGUCUGCUGAAAGACCAAACUACUUUCUGUACGUACACGACAAUGAAACCGUUGGGUUGGAACAGUGGCAGGCAAGUGCCUCCUUUCGGAGACGAGCCACCUUCUUCCAUCACCAGGGCCUCUGGAGUCCAGGGCUCAGUGCCUUCGAACUGCACAGUAAAAAAGGCUUUUUCAUCAUUCUCACCUCAUCCCGUGUUAAAGUGGCAAAGUACGAUGAUUCAGAAGAAUUCAAACGUUUCAGUAGCUUUAGUAUUGAAGAACUCGGUGCGUCUGUGCCUUAUAGAAGGAUGUGUGAAUGGCGAUAUGAAUCUUGUGCUAAUCCUUGUGUUAAAACGUGUAGUGAUCCUGAAGGAAUAGCAUGUAAAUUCCUUCCUCCGGUUGAAGGAUGCUUGCCAUACUGUCCCAAAAACAUGAUCCUUGAUGAGGUCACACUUAAAUGUGUUUAUCCAGAAGACUGCAUUCCUGUGACACCUACAGAAUCAGCAAUUGGAACAAAACCUUCAUUGUUAAUCUCUCACACGGGUGCUACCAUGGAGAGAUUUCCUCAGACACCUCCUUUAUUUGUUACUUCAGGGACUGAGUCAACUCAUACUGGUGUGACAGCCAAAAUAACCAUGAAGGCAAACACAACUUUAAGGGGAAUGAAUAUGUCGGCACAGUCCAUUACAGACUUUUAUUCAUUGGAAGCAUCUAAUGCAGCCACCCAUUCAACAUUUUCAUUACCAAGUACAGUGGAGCCUUCUGAUGUACUUCACAGCACAGCCAGCCCUGCUGUCCUUUCCAAACUCAUCUCUUCAACAGAUUUUCCAACUGCUCUUCAAGCCUCAGCAGUCACAUCACGUACUGUCAGUUCUACUGCGUCUAUAACUUUACCCAUUACAAUAGCAACUCCAACAACCCUGCUCAGUGCAAGUCCUAUUCCAACACGUUCUGCAUUAUUAACACCCACUUCCCUAGUGGUAGUUCCAUUUCCACUUGAAACAUCAACCACUCAGCUAGGAACUGUUCCCCUUACCUCAGCAUUAAUGACUUUAACCUCCAAGCCAUCUUUUGUCACUUCUGAGCUGCCUGCAGGGAUUGGGAAGAGUAGGAGUCCUUCACCAAGAUACCUUGAACCUGUCGACAAAUGUAGCCAGUAUGUAUGUGUUAACACAGGCUGGAUGUUAUACAACCUUUCAAGGAACUGCCCUAAGGAUGUGCAGAAGCCAGACUGUGGUUUUCGAGGAAUGCCAGUUCAAGUUAACACUGAUAGUUGUUGCCCAGAAUGGGAAUGUCCCUGUCAAUGUUCUGUACUGUCUGAACUGAGUGUUAUUACAUUCGAUGGAAACAACAUAGCUCUCUGUAAUAUGGCUUCCUACAUUUUAGUCAAGUUACCAGGAGAAAUUAUCGUUGCUCAUAUUGAAAAAUGUCCUGCUAAUCAGAGUGCAAAUUCAAUAAGAAAACCAGUUCCCCCUGCAAGCACUUCAGGGCUCUGUUUUAAGAAAUUAAAUGUAACAACACGUACAUAUAAAUUACUUAUCAAUCGUUUAGCAAGAAAAGUAGUAGUGGAUUCUGUAAUUCAAUCAUUACCAUUUUCAAAAGAAGGACUGAGUAUUCAGGAUACUGGUGCAAUGUACAUCGUUAAUACCCCAGCUGGUAUUAGCAUCAAGUGGGCUCACAUUACAGGCAUCAUAGAUAUACAGCAUGGAUUACACUCUAACACACCAAUGAAGACAGAAGGACUUUGUGGGGUGUGUAAUGGAGAUCCUACUGAUGACCUGAAAAUGCAAAACAGGACCGUAAUUACAAAUAUGGAGGAAAUUGAAGUGUUCAUUAAGAGUUGGGAAAUCGAGAAAUCACUUGAUGCAACAACCAGGAGGCCAGUAAGAAACUGUACUGAAGAUAACUGCACAUACUGUAUGGAACUGUUAAACAGAAGCAUUUUCAUCCCUUGUCACAAGAAAGUGUCACCACAGGAGUUUUGUGAGAAGAUGUGGAUCAACAGUACUUAUUUUUGGAAUUAUGAGUGUGAUGCACUUUCUGCAUAUGUGGCUUUAUGCAACAAGCACAACAUCUGCAUUAAAUGGAGGACACCUGACUACUGUUCAUUGAGUUGUCCUGAGGGCAAAGAAUACCAGCCUUGUGUGCAACCCUGUGAAGCCAAGACAUGCUUGAAUAAAUGGUUCUAUGAAGAUUCUCCCUGUUCCUAUUUAAGGGAAGACUGUGUGUGUAAAAAUGGCACUAUUCUGCAUAGAACAGAUUCUGACCUCUGUAUACCAGAAGAAAAAUGUACAUGUACAGAUAACAAAGGACAACCCCGCUCUGCUGGGGAGAUCUGGAAUGGGUCCAUAAGAGGCUGUUGCAUGUACAAGUGUUUAGAAAAUGGAAGCGUUGUUGCUGUAGAACCUGAAUGCAAUGAGGAUCCACCACCAGUCUGUGAAAGGGAAGGGGAAGUUAUCGUCCAUGUUAUCGAAGAGAGAGCUUGCUGUCCAAAGAAAGUUUGUGAAUGUAACACGUCAUUGUGUGACACCAUUAUUCCAACAUGCAAACCCAGUGAAAAAUUAGUGGUAGGCUACCACCCCCUGUCCUGCUGUCCACAGUACCGAUGUGAAUGUGAUCCUUCAGUUUGUUUCAAUGCUUCCCAGCCGGACUGCAGAGAAGAUCAAUUUAUUGUUGAAGCAAAACGGGAAGAUCCCUGUUGUUUCUCUUAUCUCUGUGUUUGUGAAUCCUGUAUUGAGCCUGUUCCCUUGUGUAAUGAAGGGGAAAUUCUCACUGUAGACCUUAAUACCAUACAUUACUGUUGUCCGCAUUACUACUGCGUUUGUGAUGAAAAUCUCUGUUCUGAGCCUCCUAUGAAUUGCACAGAUGACAUGAUACUUGUGAAGGAAAAACCACCUGGGCAGUGUUGUCCAGAAUGGCACUGUGAAUGUAGCUGUGAAAACGCUACUAUGCUGACCUGUAAAUUGGGAGAAGUUAAAAAAAUACAUAAUAGCAUUUCCAGUGCUUGUGGAUGCACUCACUACAUUUGUGAGAAGGAUGAUGUGUGCAUCUUCCAGGAGGUCACAGUACUGAAUCCUGGACAGUCAGUGAUUCAGUACUUGGAUGGAGACCUUUGUUACACUAUACAGUGUUUACAAGAAAAAGAUCAGAACACAGGAUACAAUGCCAUGCAUUUUACAAUGGUGAACUGUUCCCAGCAAUGUGAAGCUCAUCAAAUAUAUAUGCCUUCCUCCAGUCACCAUACUUGUUGUGGUACCUGUCAAAACGUGUCCUGCUCUUUUCAUACUGAGAAUGGAACACUAAUUGUGUAUGAGGAAGGAAGCACCUGGAGCUCCAACUGCACCAACUACAAGUGUGCAAAGACUGCUGUGGGGGCCAUCAUACUGGGAUCGAGUGUUGUCUGCCCCCCUUUUAAUGACACUGAGUGUACAAAGAAUGGAGGAAUUGUGCAGACAUAUAACGAUGGCUGCUGCAAGACCUGCAAAAAGGAAGAAAGGAUUUGCCAGAAAAUGACGAUCAGGACAACCAUAAGAAAAAAUGACUGUAUAAGUCAAAGCCCGAUAAACGUGGCUUCUUGUGACGGAAAAUGCCCAUCUGCAACAAUUUUCAAUGUCAAUAUUGACAGCCAUUUAAGAUUCUGUAAAUGUUGUCGAGAAAAUGGAACACGUAAUCUGACUGUGCCACUAUACUGCUCAGGAAAUGGCAGUGAAAUUAUGUACGUUAUUCAAGAGCCUAUAGACUGCUCAUGCCAAUGGAACUGA